UCAACUAAUUAUCACUUCAGUGCUAAACGAACGAACAUAAUGAGAACAUUAAGUGCCGCAAUCCUACUCUGCGUGUUGGCUGCCGCCGCCAGCCAGAGCCACGACCUGAUCCUGGGCCAGGCCACCUACGGUGACGUCAUCGUCUUCAAAGCCGACGAAUUCAAAUAUGGCUUCCCCUUGUUCGUACGAACGAGCAUCGUAGAGUACCCUGAACAGGGACAGAAGAACUACGCCUACAUCAAAGCUAUUUACGUCAAGGAUAAUGAACGAGAUGGCACCGGAGGCUACCCUUCCAUCUCAGCUGGUGGCAUCGGCCAGAGGUUCGUGAAGAUCAAGCUCAAGAGCCAAAGAGGAUCAGGAUUGAACUUCACCAUCACAAUUUACGGAAGAUACGUAUAAACGCCACAACAAGGCUCAAGAAAGAGGCUGAAUAUAAAAAAGUGAUAUUAAAAAAAAUAAACGUCAUUCACAUUCGAGGUGACCACUUUUAAAUAUUCUUUUUUUAAAGAUUAAGGUGUUCGUCUUGACUCCAUUUUGUUUUUUUAUUUAUUCCAAUUUCCAAAAUUAUGUUGAGAUUAAUUAAAUUAUUAUUUUUUUCUUUUUAUUCAUAGGCAUUUUUUAUAAUAAUUGUAUUUUAAAUGUAAAUAAAAUCUAAAAUGAUUUGGCGUAAAAUUUUAAUACUAGUCGAUAUUUUAAACGUUAAAUUAAUACGCGGGAAAGUUGGCAUUGUACAGUAACAGAUGAAAUUAUAUUUUCUUAAUUAAUUGUUUUGUAUUUAAUUACUGAUCAGUAUUAUAAAGUAAAUGUUACUAUUAUUAUAAUAAUUUGUUAAAUUUAUUAAAGUGCACUUUAAUAACUA